AUGAGCGGAGAGUCCUCCACCAGUGUGAAGCUGUUGGCAAACGCAGUGUUCGGCCGCGGUCCCAGACAGCUUGCGAAUGUGAAGGAGGAGACUUGGGUGGGACCCGGUAGAGUAUUCGUCGUUGUGGGUGUGGUUGAUACCGCGGUCGUGGUCGAGGCCGGGGGGUUUGUUGAAGAACUAAUAGAGCUGCUGGGUGUUAGGGAGCUCGAGCUGGUGCUGGAGCUGGAGCUGGAGCUGAUCAUAGUCUGUGAAGUCAGGGUGGAGGAGAAAUCUUCAGAAAGAGAAGUGGAUGUUGAGGGAGGUGAAGAUGACGCAGACGAAGACGUGGAAUCACCGACAAAGCUGCUCGUCGUUGACGUCGACGGUUGGCUGGGCGUGGAAGAUGUUGGAGAGUCUGAAGACGUUGUUAAAGGCGAUGACGGCAGGAUUGAGGAAGAGACAGUCGAUGGAGUUGAGGAAGAUGAAGGAGACGAAGUUGUAACAGAGGAAGAAGAGACACCUGGGUCGGAAGUGCUCAUGCUAGGAAGACCUGCACUUGUGGAUGCUGAACUUGGGUUGAUUACUGUUGCGGUAGUCGUCGAAGACAGAGUAUGA